UUCCGUAGCUAACGUUUGACUAGCGGGUAAAGGAGAAUUCCGAUUGGUCAGCGCGCACUAUGACCACAGUUUCGAGGAAGUCUGACCAGAAAGAUCCAAUGUGUUCAAAAUAAUAGAAGAAGCAAAUGUCCGAGCAUCACUUCAGAUGGUUUACUUUACGAAUGUUUCAUCUCUCGUGAUGUGUGCUGUGUGUUAAGUGAGUUCUGACCGCAGCACUGAUAAACACGGCUAAUCGAGCCUAGCACGAAGCUACAGGUCUGAGUGUCCGAGUUCGGUUCCGUCCAAAGUGGUCCAGGAUGCGAGCUUUCCGGCAAGUGGGAGAGAAGCAGCUCCCGAACCCUGUCCUCUACAUGGCCUGGUCUCCAAAGAGGGAUCUGAUCGCCCUGGCCAACACUGCCGGCGAGCUUCUGCUGCAUCGGCUUGCUAAUUUUCAGCGUGUCUGGAGUUUAGCGCCAAAUGAAAACACAGGAAAAGAGAUCACGUCCCUGGCCUGGAGGCCUGAUGGCAAAAUCUUGGCGUUCAGUGUGGGCGACACCAAGCAGGUGGUCCUGUGUGAUGCCGAGAAGGCGGAGAUCCUCCACCUGUUUCCUGUCGACUGCCCCGUGUCCUGCAUGCACUGGACGGAAGUGCAGAGUGACAGCAACUCAUCAUCAUCAUCCAGCGAUACGGAGGACGAGUCCAGCCGUUACCUACCCAAACUACCCACGCUACCCAAGAGCUACAGCUCAUCGUCCAAGAUAUUUAGUGAAGAGAAAUCUGAUGAAGUCACUAACCUGCUGGGGGAAGUCAGGUUCAACAUCCUGGUGGUGGGCGGGCCGUCUGGAUUUGUGGAGCUUUACGCGUAUGGCCUGUAUAAGAUCGCCACGCUGAAUGGAAUCACUGGAACAUGUCGUAGUCUGUGUCUGUCCAGUGACCUCAAAUCUCUCUCAGUCAUAACGGAGAUAAGAUCCACCAACAGGAACUCUGAGAUCCAGUACAUCCAGUUGGACACAGGUCUCCUGUCCUCAUGCCUCCCAGAGCUGACCAGGAUGGCACGUAAAUUCACGCACAUCUCCACCCUCAUCCAGUACCUGCGUCUGUCUCUCACCUGUAUGUGCGAGGCCUGGGAGGACAUCCUCAUGCAAAUGGACCUCCGCCUCACCAAAUUCGUCCAGGAAAAGAACACAAGCACGCAGGUUCAAGAUGAGUUCUUGGAGCUGUUGCUAUGGGGACAUGCCAGCCCUGAACUGCAAGCCCUCCUCAUGAAUCAGCUGACCGUCAAAGGUUUGAAGAUGUUGGGCCAGUCCAUUGAGUCGUCUUACUCCAGCAUCCAGAAGCUGGUUAUCAGUCACUUACAGAGUGGUUCAGAGGCUUUGCUGUAUCAUCUGAGUGAGGUGAAAGGCAUGGCUUUGUGGAAGCAGAAGUUUCAGCCUCUUGGUUUGGACUCUGCAGCUAUAGAAGAUGCCAUCACAGCUGUAGGUUCCUUCACUCUAAAGGCUAGUGAACUCUUACAAGUGAUCGAUAAAAGUAUGAAGAAUUUUAAGGCCUUUUUCCGAUGGCUCUAUGUUGCAAUGCUUCGCAUGUCCGAAGAUCACGUCCCUGCAGAACUAAACAAGAUGACCCAGAAGGACCUGGCGUUCGUUGCAGAUUUCCUGUCUGAGCAUUUUAGCGCUCAGAAUGAGGAGCUGUUUGAUCGCAAAGGGAAGUACUUCAACGUGGAACAAGUGGGGCAGUAUCUCAAAGAUGAAGAUGAAGAUUUAGUGUCUCCCCCAAAUACGGAGGGCAACCACUGGGUGACAUUCGUUCAGCAGAGCACACACCUGAAAGAGAGCCCUCUCCUGUUUCCCACCUACCCACAAAAGUCUCUGCACUUUGUGAAGAAGUUGAUGGAGGGCUCCAUUGAACUCUGUCUGCAAAAACCAGCUGUGGUGAUCGGGAGCUCGGUGAAGCAGGCGGUGUGUUUGCAGCUGUACUCUAUGACUGAGAGCUCGGAGAACACACAGCGGCUGUUUGAGCUUCCCUCACUGUGGAAUGAUAAAAAUGCUGGGAUGCACUAUGUAGUGUUCUGUAUGCCUGAGAUGUCCACUUCCAAAAUCUGCAUCUUGAGGAGAGCAACAGACCCAAACAGAUCUAUCCAAAAUGGCUUAGUGGCUAUCGACCUAAACGCGUCUCUCAACACCAGCGUUGAUGAUGAAGCGCCUGUACCUGAUCAUUCUUACCGCACCUACAGUUGCUUGGAUGCCCGUCUCUAUGACGACGAGACGUUGACUGUGGUGUUGCAGGUCCAGGAAGAGAACGAGAACAAGCUCCGGCUUCUGGCUCAGCUUCCUCUUGGCCCUGCCCUCAGCUGUGGGGAGGAGUUUAGCUGGGACCCUGCUCUCAGCAGGUUGGACCAGCAGUGCGGUGAGAUCCCUGUACGAGGGCUGGCAUGGGGACCCAUGAGCCGGGAUCUAGAGAACAUGAAAGCCCAGUUCGUGGCUGUGAAUGGGAUCCGCAAAGUGUCCUGCGUGCUGAGUUCGAACUUGCGUCACGUCCGCGUGUUUGAGAUGGAUGUGGAGGACGAGGAGGAGGAAGAGCGAGCCGACGAGUCGCAGGAUAUCAGCUGUGACCAGGAUGGACUGGUGGAGACGUCGACCAAUCAGGGAACAGAUGGAGAAGGAGGAGAAGUGGAGGCGUGUGAGGAGAUGAGGGACGGGUCAGGGAACAUCUUGGAGCAGACUUCCGGGUCAGAUACACUUUGACCUUGGACAUUGACAUUUUGUGCCUGAUUCAAACAAUUGUACAUGUAGUUAUAAAAGAAACCAACGAUAAUGACAGUUUAAGGUCUAAUAAAGUCCUUUAUGUAUAUUUGUAAUAAAUGUACGUUACUGAAAUUCUGUGUUUGCUUCUGGGAAUAAA